AUGGAGGCACGUCGUGCCUCCGUCCGCGUGUACAGAGGCACGUUGGUGCCUCCGUGCACAACAAUGGAGGCACGUCGUGCCUCCGUCCGCGUGUACGGAGGCAUGCUGCUAAGGCAGCGACAAAGUGCCAAAUGCAGAUGGUGGUCUUCCGAGGAUUCAAACAAAGUAUUCAAUAAAUUGCUGGACAUAUUUUUGUUGCAGAAUCUUCCACGCUUGAGAUUUAACAAGGAAGGGAAUCUGCUCGCUGUUACCACCGCGGACAGUGGAAUCAAGAUACUUGCAAAUGCUUCUGGUAUGAGAUCCUUAAGAACUGUUGAAGCCCCAUUUGAAGCAUUAAGAUCCCCCAUGGAAGCAGCUGCAAUCAAGGCUUCUGGUUCUUCAGUUGCAAAUGUCGCCCCUAAAGUAGAAAAAAAACUCUCCUGUCAUGACAUCUCCCAUCCUUUUUCUGAAUCAGAGCCUAAUGAUAUACCAAAGGCAGACAAAUCUUUGUUGAAGGUGAUUGAAACUGACAAGCAUAAUUUGUUUGCUGAAUGUGAAAGGCAAUAUGUGACAAGCAAGAAAAGAUCAGCUCUUUCUUCAUUUAAGUCAUGGUUUCACAGCAAAACAUCUGAAGUACCUCAUUCAGAGAUAAGGAGAAAACCAGAAGAAAAUUUAGGAAAGCACAUCAUAUCUUUUGCUUCAAAGCCUGAUUUUCUACAAGGAAUGAGAAACAUCAACUCUUCAGCUGGAAAAGGUACAUCUUUCCACAAUUGA